AUGCCUAGCGCGCCUGAGCUGGACCCCAUCGGCUCGCCCACAUCUUCCCGCGCGGGCAGCGCGAUACCGUCUGCUGGCUCGUCGUGGGAGCUGGUGGGCGCCGAGAGCGAGGUGCCGCCCUUCCUCAUCGCUGGGCAGGCGCCGAGCCUGCCGGAGGGCGGGGAGCGCAUCCUCGCAAUGGCGCGCUGCGGCGGGCCGCUCCUGGUGUUUUUGUGGACGCUCCUGACGGUGGUGCGCGACCCGCCCAGCGAGGAGUCCGAGUUCGGUGACGAGGAGGACUACCUUCCCGAGUUGUCGAUGCCUGUGGAAGUAUGGAGCAGGCGCUAUCUUCGACGGAGUGCUACAGAUGGCGUGGAAGUGUUUCUCGUUCGAAGGAAGUCGGGGACUUGCUUGGUGGUUCUCCAGCCAGACCUCAGCAUGGGGACGAUCACGAUCACGGCGAAGUCGACGUUGCUCAACAACCCGCUGCCCGGAGUGCGCUGGCAACCCAUGCCGGUCUUGUCUCAGGCGCAGCGGGGCAGCUUCAUGGCGCAGGCGACCGACGGGCUGAGGGCAGGGACCAUUCCUGCCCUGGAGCUCCACAGGCUUGGGCGCCAGGCGCAGCAGGCAGUCGCAGCCAACCUGGCCUACGCGGCCUUGAAGUACCUCGGCGUUGUCGACCUGAUCUGGGGGACGGCGACAGCCGUUCGGGGCUGGAUGGUGACUUGCAAGGAUGCGUUCGUGGAGUCGUCCGAGACCCCGCAGGAGUGGGUGGUCUACUUGGGCGAGUGGGUGGAACGGGCUCGCAAGCUGAUGCCUUUGCGUCGGUGGGCGGCUAUCCUCCUCGCCCUUGGCUUGCUGAUGGCGCGGGGAGUUCACGAGAUGCAGGAGACGGGCGAGUUGUUGGCCACUCAGCUCAGCGACCUCGCCGCGUCGCAGCAGGCCACGAUGGGGGAGAUCAGCGAGAUGCGCGCGGCCGAGCGGACCAGAGAGUUGCGGCGAGGGGUGCUCGAGUCUUCCGCCCAGUCCAGGGGGCGUUCAGGGGCGGGGGCCAAAAAGCAGGUGGUCGAGGGCAUGAUGGGCUGCCGCUCCGUCCUCGUCCGCUGCGGCUACCGCGGGUUCGCCGGCGAAGACUUCGCCAUCCUCGUUGCUGGAGACGCCGGAGAAGCGGCGGCGACGAGCCCGCCGGAGGCCGUGGAGCUGCCCAUGAAGCGGAUGAGGUUCAAGGCUCAGAUGCCGCAGCAGCUGUUCCUGGAGCAGCUGGACGAGCGCGAGGAGAUCCCGUCGGAGGAGUGGAACAGCCGCAUGCCCGAGGGUUGUCGGCAGAGGAUCGCGGCCGAGGCGCCGUCGGAGAUCUACGCGUCGGGAAAGACGGCGGAUGCUUGGGCGCGAGAUUUUAACCGGGAUCGAGGGCUGUCCGACUGCAACGCGGCGCGGGAGAUGAUCGCGGCCUUCGCGGCGGUGGACGCGAUGCUGAUGACGGAUCGCCAGGAGGGGCCCCUCAACUUGGUGGGGUUCGAGCGCUUGGUGCGAAAGGGGCAUGCGAUCGUCGGGGCCUACCGCGACGUGAACUGCCGAGACGAUUGGGGCCGCCCGAGGGACGCCAAGGGUUGGAAGUCCAGGGUCGACUGGGAGGCGGCGCGCAGGUUAGAUCCUCAGCUGGCGGACGAGAGUGCGAUUCGAGUGAGGAGUGCCGAGGAGGAGGUGAAGAAGGCCAUGGGUCGGGGCGCGCAGCUGAUCAAGGUGGUGCUGCCCCAGCGCUCGGAGCGCCCGAGUUUGACGUCUCGUCGGGCGCUGACGCGCUGGAAAGAGGAGGUGGAGAUGCUUGGGCGAGCGAAUCGCUUUCUCUUGGAGCUGCGACAACUCUACCGUGGGAGUCUGGACGACAGCCUGCUGGAGCUGGCCGAGUGCUGGGGGCGGGGGCCGAUGCCCGACAACCUGGGCGGGGACCUCUCUCGGCGCGUGCUGGGGGAGGUUCGUCGCCAACAACCGCCGCCGACGACGCCCUGUCAAGGGGCCGCGAUCCUGCGGCUGCGCGCUGCCGCUUCCGCGGCGGGCAACCAGUCCCGGUCGACCUUCAAGGAGUGGUUGGCCGAACUUCGGAGGUGGAGUGCUGGCGGAAGUGCGCGGCUGCCAGACAGGGGCGACGCGUUCCCCACCCAGUGGGACCGAGACGCUCCACCUCCCCUGGGGGCCAGACCUGCGAAGGUGAGGAGCGCGUCGCCUCGGGCGGCGCGAAAGUUGGAGAAGUUCAAGGAGGUGAUGUUGAGAGAAGACGGCGAUGCCUGCGUUCAGGCCUGCGAGGUGCGCAACUUUGUGGACCCGCACUUUGGGGGGAAGAAGGAGAUGCUGCAGCUCGCCUGGAGGAUGGCUUUGGUGGGUGUGCUCUGUCGGACUGCCGAGAAGGUAAACGAGGUCGGGCUCUUUUGCGCGGUGAAGAAGGCCGAGGUGGUGGGGGGCGAGCCCGAGGAGAUGAAGGAGGACGGGGUGACCAUUCGGUUCGGCACGGGCGACCUGCCCGACUUCUACGACACGCUGGAGCCGGGCGAGGAGAUAGCGCCCUACUUCGCGCUGCUUGGCGUCAGGGGGGGCGAGCUGGACGCCACGUCGGGGUGA